GGGACGGUGAGCCUUGCCCCUGGUCCCGCCGCCCCCCGCCCCGGGCUGCCGUCCGGCUCGACCCCGCGGCAGCACUUGCCAUGGCUCCGCCCUGGGCACCUGCCGGAGCUCUGGCUGCGGGACACCUCCGCCCGGGCACUGCACCCCGCCAGCAGCAUCCCCGGGUCGGGCACGGACACCGGGCACUGGCGGUGCUCCCGCCCCGGCACUGCUCACAGGGCACGCCUGGCCGGAAGACUCAGAGUCCGGGCAGCGGACCCUGCGCCGCCGCUGUGCCGCACGGCUCCUCCGCGGAGCCGGGGGCUGGAACACUCGCGCCGCUUUCUCCGUGCUUCCCUUCGGGCUCGGCGUUGCGCCGAGCAGCUGCCUACCUGGGCCCCGCCGGUUGUCCCAGGGCAUGCCCCCGCAUCCUCGGCAAAGCUGUGGUGGCUUCGCUGCCUCGCAGGGACCCACCUGGCUUGGAGAGGCAGGCAGAGAGGGGAAGCCUAAUACCCAUUUACCACUCCCAAAUGCGGGUUGCAAGCCCCCGCGGGAGGCUUUCCCUCAGCAGGGACUGACUUUGCCAGGGGAGGCACCACCACUCGUCUGGAAUUGCCCAGCUGGCCCUUGUAUGGGCUUCUGGAGACAAGGGUUCUCAACACCCUGUCUCCUGGAGACACUCCACACCCCAGUGCUGUUCUGCAACUGACAGCUGUCUCCAGUGCUCCAGAACAACCAGUCUUCAUGCGGGAGAUAGCACCUUUUGAGAGCAUUUGUCUUGCUGCCUCUAAGCUGCCCCUCAGCUCAGUUUUCAGAGGCAGAUACAGAGUCCCAGGUACUCUCUCAGGGCAAACUGAUCUCUAUCUGUAGGAUAUUAAUGGUCUGCAUGGCCUUCCAGAAGAUCUUGACUUCCCCCACAGGCAAACCACCUCACUUUGGCAGCAGGAGCUUGCUGUUGGGGAUUGCUGUUCCCUGGGGCCUGAAACUCCUCCGUUUCCUCUAUCAGCAUGGCCUGUGGAGGGACUCUGCGUGCAAGUUGCUGCUGGGAAAGACUGAGUUAGAAAUUAAACGGGGAACUGAGAAGAAAGCAAGUUCAGCAUGAUCUGGGGGUGUGUUCGUACAGUAUCCUUGCCUAGCACUGUCAGCACUGUCCGUCUUGGAGAGACUGGCUUCAUACUACUGCCCAUCCAGGGGAGUCGUGCAGCUUCUGAAAAUAACUAGUUCCUUGUUGCUGUUUACCUGCUGUUUACUGUGGGAACACCACCAUGAAGAGCCAGCCCAUCUUUCCUGGCAGAAUGCCGUGCCCUCUGUAAGGAAGAAGCUUGCAGCCUAGCCUUACCCCUUCAGAAGGAGCUGGGUCCAAAUGCAUCCUCGGCCUGCUGUCUUAGAGCUGUUCCUGCUUCAGGUCAAUGAGACUAUCUGCUGCUAAUUCAUCAUGACAUAAUAUGUGGUCUCCUGCCCCAUCCUGUUGGAUAAAUUUCCUGCUUCCUCUUGGUCUGCACACAUGUGACUCCGGGUGUUCAUCAGCUACCUAGUCUGGUACAGCGACCUGGGAUGCCAUCAGGAGCUCGAAUGCCCCAUCAGGGGGCUCCCAUGGGUCCCCCAGGCCCCCCAUACGUUGGAAGCCCCUCAGUGCGACCUGGGAUGCCCCAGACUGUGAUGGAAACAACAAGAAAACGCACUGCACCACAGCAGGUCCAGCAACAGCAGGUGCAGCAGCAAGUGCAACAGCAGCAGCAAGCCACUCAGAACCGAACUAGGAGUGCCAAGAGGAGGAAGAUGGCUGACAAAAUUCUCCCUCAGAGGAUCCGGGAGCUGGUUCCUGAGUCCCAAGCCUACAUGGAUCUGUUGGCCUUUGAACGCAAACUAGACCAGACCAUUAUGCGGAAGCGUGUGGAUAUUCAGGAAGCGCUGAAGAGGCCAAUGAAGCAAAAGCGGAAACUGAGACUUUACAUCUCCAACACAUUUAAUCCUGCAAAGUCUGAUGCUGAUGACUCUGAUGGCAGCAUUGCUUCAUGGGAGCUGCGAGUGGAGGGGAAGCUCCUGGAUGACCUCAGCAAACAAAAACGGAAGUUUUCAUCUUUUUUUAAGAGUUUGGUUAUUGAGCUGGACAAAGAUCUUUAUGGACCUGACAACCAUCUUGUGGAGUGGCACAGAACGCCUACAACCCAGGAAACGGAUGGCUUCCAGGUGAAAAGACCCGGUGAUGUCAGUGUGCGGUGCACAUUACUCCUCAUGUUGGACUACCAGCCUCCACAGUUUAAACUGGACCCACGACUAGCCCGUUUGCUGGGGAUACACACGCAGACCCGGUCAGCCAUCAUCCAGGCUCUCUGGCAGUACAUCAAAACAAACAAGCUGCAAGACUCCCAUGAUAAAGAAUACAUUAACUGUGACAAGUACUUCCAGCAGAUCUUUGACUGUCCACGGCUAAAGUUUUCUGAAAUUCCUCAGAGACUCACUAACCUGCUGCUGCCACCAGACCCUAUAGUGAUAAACCAUAUAAUCAGUGUUGACCCAAAUGAUCAGAAGAAGACAGCUUGUUAUGACAUAGAUGUAGAAGUUGAAGACCCAUUAAAGGGACAGAUGAGUAGUUUUCUUCUCUCAACAGCUAACCAACAGGAGAUUACAGCAUUGGACAACAAGAUUCAUGAGACAAUUGAAUCCAUAAAUCAGCUAAAAAUACAACGUGAUUUCAUGCUGAGUUUCUCCAAAGAUCCCAAAGGAUACAUCCAAGACCUUCUCCGGUCCCAAAGUAGGGAUCUUAAGGUGAUGACUGAUGUAGUUGGAAACCCAGAGGAAGAACGCAGAGCUGAAUUUUAUCACGAGCCAUGGUCUCAAGAGGCUGUGAGCAGAUAUUUCUACUGCAAGAUCCAGCAGCGCCGGCAGGAACUGGAACAAUCUCUGGGAGUGCGCAACACAUAAGUACUGUUCACAAGAUCCCAUUGGCAUCAUGACCACCAAACCAGUGGACUUCCCAGUGUUACUUAGCUCACUGUUACACAUGGACCUGCUUCCUGACUGGAUGAGAAUGUACCAUCAACAUACCAGUCAGAACACCAGCUUUAGAGUGACCCUUGAAAAUCUUGCCCAUGGCGGGUGUCUCAAACAAUUCCAGGCCACAGACAGCGCCAUACAAGUGUCAGUGUUAAAGAAGAUUAAAGGUUCAUUCAUCAACGCACAUCAUUAAGUUUUAGUGGAAAGUUCAGACACUACACAGCAAAUCCUAAUGGGCUAUGCAUAGUAUCGUGGGUGGCACUGAAGGGGGAGGUUGAGAUAGGUGUUAUAGGAGACUACAGAUUUAGAGAAAUAAAUGCAGUUCUCGUCCUAUGUUACCUAAGAGUCUCAAAUAGUAACUUCUCUGGAAUUAGACAAGAUAGUCCUUCUUAUAGCUGUGGAAUGCUUCACAUUCCUGAAUAGAUUUUUCACUCCAGGUGGAACAGUACAAGAAGCCAUCUCACCACGGGAAAGAACAAACUAGGAGGAUUUUCAUUCCUGGAAUGAAGAGCCCCUCUGGAAGAAAGAAGCAUAGUCAGGACAUCUCUUUUGCAAAUUCUAAUACUUCUUUUUUCCCUUGCCCCUGCAGUGAAAGGUAGACUGAUUUACACUAUCUGUAGAUGAGUAUGAUCAAUGUGCUGUACUGAGAGAAAGAGAAUUAUCCCCGGGAUAAGAGCUUCUUAGGCAUCCUUAAUGUCAGUAGUAUUAGCAAAGCUGAGGUUGAAGCAAGAAAUGAGGCAUUCUGAGAAAAUGAAAAUAACUUAAUGGUGCUUUGCUGAUACCUGCCUUGAACACAGCAGAUACUAACAAUAAGCAUAUAUGUAAAAUACAGGACUUCUUAAAUGUUUCUCUGUGUGCCAGUAGGGAUCUGCACUGAAAAGAAGUUCCCUAAUUGUUAAGUUGGUGCAGAAUCCAAGAAGCUUAACUUCUUAUAACGUGGCAGUUUUCUCUCUACUUCAAGAUGUUAACAGGUCUCACAUUUUGGUCAUAGGUGAACUGCCUCUUACUAUGAAUGAUUUAGUUCCCCCUUACAUGAUACAUACUGGUUAUAUAGGAUGCUGUUGAGUUAUAAAGCACUAUCAGCCUUAAAUAGCACAGAGAACAUAUCACUUUGAAAACAUCUUCAUUGUAAAUGUACAAAAAAUUCAGAGUGUGGGAAUUUAAACCAUAUUUAAUUGGAAGCAGGGACAUCUUCAUUAAAUCCUCCUCUCACCCCUCAUUUUUUGUAGUGCACAGAUUAGUCUGUAAUUAAUGGCUCAACAUGAUUUCUAGUGCAAAAAGCAGCUGCCAUAUUGUAACUGUCCAGAUGAUGUGGCACUCAAAAUCCUCUUAGGCUACUCCUUUGCAUCUCCUUUCUUUCACUUUCUAGAGAAGAUAAUCAAAUUCACAUGUGGUACAGGAGACAGCUCUUCUGAAUAAUGCACUUUGCUGUAAUAUCGUCCUUUUCUCUUCUGCUAUCUUUGCCAAUUUCUUUCUGUGUCAAACUUAAAAGUUUCUUCUGUUCAGUCACAGAAGACAUAGUCUUCUCUUCCACCCCUUCAUUUAAUACCUGUGCUUUCACAUUAAUAGUGCCAUAGCCUUUAUUCUGUCCAUUGUGUUCAGAGAUAUUGUGGAAAAUUUACAUUUGAUUGCAGUCAUAUGAUGGUAGUACCAUCAUGCAAAACCAUUGGUGUAAGAAAAAGCAUAGCUGUACCUCUUUGCCCGAGGCCUUUUACCAGGAAUGGCUUUGUUUGGAACUUUUUUGUGUGUUAAAACCUCUUUUUGCAGUAAAACGUGAAAUCUUGCAGUCUUAAAUGGGGUAUGGUAAGGGGCUGUGAGGCUGCCAGACAGUGAAUGACUUGAAAUCUUACUUUUGUUAGGACUCCACUAAUUGGAAUACAAGCAAGCAUUAUGAGGGAAAACAGUGGGGAUCGUUUGCUACUGUGCUUCCAUAUUUAUGCUGCUGUGUCAGUUGUGUGCAUGCUGUCCAGUGUAUAAAACUCUUUUCUGUAUGUGAUAAACAGAGCAGCUACAUUCAGGGGAUGCAUUCAGUCUCCAGGAGUAAGAAAUGCGGAGAAUGAUAUGCAAGGAUGUGAGAAGAGCAUGGGACUGGGAUAGACGCCUGCAGGAUGUCUGCCAAGGAAAUUUGUGUUUUGAGAACUUUCCCAUUGAAGUGGCAAAUAUUUGUACAGAGAAAUUUCAGUCAUGUGCCACAGCUGGCAACAUAAUGGAGUCCAGCCUGCUUUUAGAAUCUCUCUGUAGAAUUAAUUGGUUGGAUCUGUUUCCAAGUCUGUUUCAGAGCAAAUUAAUGAAACUAAUGUGGUAUUGCUGCCCAGUGUUCACAACAGCAUCACUGGAACGUGGAUCUAUGUAAAGCACCAAUGCUGUACUGAAGUGUGCAUGUGUGUGUGUGUCCAUGCAUGCACAUGCAGGAGUCGGCCACCAUAAAUGACACUGAGGAUGGCAAUCCAAAAUCUAAAUUCUUAUAUCCCACUAUCCAUAUUCCUACUGUACGUGAAAAUACUGGUCACCAACAGUGAGUCUUAGGAAUAGCUGUCGUGUGUUUCCUUUGGUUAAACUGGGAUUUGAGAUUUUGAUGCUUUUUUCCUGUGUUCAGGUCUUUUACUGAAGAGACACAGAAAAAUUCUGUUCUCUGUUCCAGGAGUGAAGCCAGGAGCUUGCUUGUUUGCAAAAAGAGAAGUUAUAUUUGAAGAGAAGUAAUGGAGGAAUACUGGGCAUACGCUUGGGCAUACGAAAAUGAAAGGCAGUGGUACUGAACAGGCAUGUAAUUGUGGCAGAUUGUGAAUGAUAAAUUCAUUUUAAGUUCAAAAUGGUUGUUCUUUUGUGUGUCUGAAGAAUUAAAAGAUGUUUGGCUUGUUCAGCCUGGAGAAGAGAAGGCUCCAGGGAGACCUUAGAGCAACCUUCUAAUACCUAAAGAGGGCCUGCAAGAAAUCUGGAGAGGGGCUUUUUACAAGGACAUGUAGUGACAGGACAAGGGGGAAUGGCUUUAAACUGACAGAGGGGAGAUUUACAUUAGAUAUUAGGAAGAAGUUCUUCCCUGUGAGGGUGGUGAGGCCCUGGCACAGGUUGCCCAGAGAAGCUGUGGCUGCUCUAUCCCUGGAAGUGUUCAAGGCUGGGUUGGAUGAGGCUUGGAGCAACCUGGUCUAGUGGAAGGAGUCCAUGCCCGUGGCAGGGGGAUUGGAACUAGAUGAUCUUUAACAUCCCUUCAACCCAAACCACUCUGUGAUUCUAUGUUUUGGCGUCUUCAGUUGCUGCCACAGUACAAUACAAAUCUGUGCAUAUUGCAAGAAAACGUUCUGUGCAUAGAUGUAUUCAAUGCAUAGAUGAUAAUAUAGACUGUUAGGAAAUAUAGCAUCAAACUGUGAGAGGGUUAAAACAGAAUUCUGGAAUACCAAUAUAAGAUAAAGCUAUCUGGGAGCUGAAGUGUUGAAACAGCAGGUUCGAAACACAUUUUUUAGUCCUUUGUGCUGUUGGCCAUGAGUCAGGAUUCAGACCAAGCGUUUCUUAGAAAUUAAAGGGAAAACAAAUGUUUGAUUAUGGAAUAGAGAGAAGAAUACAGCAGUAGAAAAGAAAAGAUGGAGCAGAGCACCACUGAAGUGUCAUUAAGACUUAGCACAGGAUAAUGCGCAAAGUACUUUGGAAAUAGCACAGUCCAUGUGAGUCUGUAUAUGUUGUGUGCAUGUGUGUAUGUUUACCUGUAGAGAGCAUGUGGGAGAGAGCCAGUCUCAACUUGUAUGUAGCCUGGGAAAUGGGCAGGCAGGACAAACCCAAAUGUUCUGCAAGUAACUUUGAGACAUAUUGUCAAAACAUUUUCCACUGUUAUUAACAGGGAUUCAGUUGUUCAACUUAGCAGGGUUAGUAGUUGUAGUGCAGACAUUGUUUCAGCUGGCAGGUUUUUUAAACCACAUUGUUUAGAAUUUAUUUUGUGGAAGCCAGGUGAAAAUAUUAGUGCAUAUGUCAAUAUUGGGGCAUAUCCUUGGGUUCCUAAUUUUGCCAAAACGCUAAUUUGGUACUGGGUUUUUUUGGCGUGUUUUAUUUUUGGUUUUGGUGUCUUGAGAACCCUUUUAUGGCAAAGAGAUGAGGGGGAAAAGAAAGCUCUUUUUUUCCUGAAGAAAGAGGUCUCCUUUCUGUAACUGCUCUGUUGUUUAAUAGGAUGUAUCUGUUCUGCCAGAUCCUGUAUGAUAAACACCUUUUCCAAUCUCACUGAAGAAAGGAACUCCAUUAAAAAAAAAAAAAACAAAACUGUGGGUUUGUGAGAGUGAGCAAAUAUGUGUAUAAAGGGGGGGGGAGGGAGAAAAGAGAGACUCCCUCUACUCUGUAGCCACCAUAUCUUCAUUGUAUGAUGCUGAGUGAUUCGUAGAAAAGCUUUUAACAAUAAAUACCUUGUUUCUUUGUAUCUCUUGCACUAACCUUACGUGUCUUAACAAAGACACCUAUAGUUGGUUUCUUUCUGCUCCCAAUAUUCUCAAGUUUUUGGAUUUGUGUUCAGCUUUGCAUGCACCUGCACAUACCCAUACACAGGGUUACACAUAUACAGGUUUUCAUAGGACUUUACAAAGGUGAGAACUGUUGCUCUUUGGAUCUUUCUUAUGUGAAUUAGUUUCUUCACUGGAUUCCAUCUUCAACCAUUUCCAUACUGAAUCAGUGAGAAAUCCUUACCAUUGGAGAAGUCUAGCUCCUCUCCAGGUCACUUGCUUGGUCAUUUGGAGUACAUUUAUCAUUAUCACUGUUAUUGUCAACAAACAAGUUGCAGCUGGGGCUGCAGCUUGAAUGCUCAGCGGUGUUGUAGAAAAUAACACAGGCACCACAUAGACUGUGGUAGGAAUUACGCAGAUGUCCCCUCAACAGUGCUCGUCCCUGGAUUCUACUUUAAUAAAAGAAUCAGAGUUCCUUCUUCCACUA